AUGGCUCCCAUCGUUCGAGCCCUCGCAGCUCUCGCAGCUGCUAGUCUCCUUACACAGGUCACCGCGACUACCACGGAGCUGCCGCCCUGUCUCGACGCCUUCCAGCCCUUUGCCUACGCUGGUUGCUUCAAGGAAAAGGGUACUCAGAACGAGAACGCUCUUGACUUCCGCUCCUCCUCCGACCAGACCAAGAACACUGUCGAGAAGUGUGUCGCUGAGUGCAAGGGAAACAGCUACCGUUAUGCUGGUCUCACCUACCACGGUGUCUGCUACUGCAGUCAGACUGUCAACAGCCCCCUCCUCGAUGAGGGCAGUUGCAAUUUCCCGUGCACUGCCAACAACACUCAGACCUGUGGCGGCGAUGGAGCCUUCUCCGUCUGGCAAGACCCUACGUUCCCGUCUUCUGCCGGUGUCAGCAUCAAUGAUUUCAAGUCUAUCGGCUGCUACACCGACGACACCGAUCAUGGGCGCACCAUUGCUGAGCGACAGGACCAGGUUGCCUUCGACACCAUGACUCCCGCCCUCUGCCUGCAAGCUUGCGCCGACGACGGCUACCCCUUCGCCGGUGUUGAGUACGGCGGUGAGUGCUAUUGCGGUGUAGUCAUGGGCAACUACACGCAGCCCGCCACGUCAGAUAAGUGCAACGUGCCCUGCAAGGGAGACAACACCAAGAAUUGUGGUGGCGCUGGACACGUCGAGAUCUACGUCGCCAGCAAGCUCCGGUCUCUUGAGCCCUGCGGUUUUGUUCCUCCCGUAAACUCGGUCUCUUCUUCCACUGCCAGCAUCCCAUCCACCAGCAGUGCUCCCCCCAGCUCUUCCAGCAUCGCCUCGACGACAGUCUCUACCCAGGCUCCUCCUUCGACCACCACAAGGCCUGCCACGACAACGACCACUGCCCAGGCCCCCCCUUCGACCACCACAAAGCCUGCCACGACGACCACCACUGCUCAGGUCUGCACCACCACCAUUGUGACUCCGGCCACUUGCGAGUACGGCUGCGGCAACUGGUGCAACAAGAACCUCCCCGACUUCGACGAUGCCGACAGCUGCACCAAGGCUCACAACAGUUGCAAGCUCCAGGUCAACGCUUGCCUGAAGGGCGCCGGAUGGCCCGGCUCCGCUAGCUGCAUGGAGUUCAAGGCAUGGUGCAACGACGUCAACAGCUACUGCUCCAGCAGCUGCAAGGGCAAGGGAUCCUGCUCUAAGAAGGACUGCUACAGUAAGAAGGUCCCCAAGGGUUACAAGCCUGGCACCACCUCGGUCUCUACCUUCGCCUGCCCCUCCAAGCCCACCUCGACCGCCUCCCCGGUCACCACCAUUGUCCCUCCUCCUCCUACUGGUGUCUGCAAGCAGCCCAGCAGCUGGUGGUUCAACUACGGACCUGGCAACCCUGUCGGUGGCAUUGAGAUCCCCAUCGUCACCUGCAACGACGUCGCCGACGACUUCAAGGCCGGCAACCAGUUCAAGCUCUACACCGAGUCUGACUCCCGCAAGUGCAAGUCCUUCGGCCGCAACAACGUCCCCAACGUCUGCCAGGAGGCUUGCAAGGAGCAGUAUGACGAGUGCAACAACACCUACGCCCAGGGUUGCAAGACCUACAACAACCGCCGUGGCCGCCGCGACGCCGCCGCCGUCUACGCCCGCGCUCCCGAGUUCGCCAAGCGCUGGUUCUUCGUCGACACCUUCAGUGUCGCCCUCAACAAGUGUAAAAUCCAGUACACCGACUGCCUUAUCGAGAACCGCAACUCGUACGCUGCCAACAAGUGCGGUUCCUUCGCCACCGGCUACUAA